GGGAUUUGCGGCGAUAAUCUGCAAUAGAACUCUCGUCUUCUUGUCCCGGCGGUGCUUUCUUUUCCUACCGUCAGCUUUUCACAAUACCCUCGGAUUCCCAAAAAUAGUAGCAGACAUUCGCUUGAUCUGUUUCUCACGGCGACGACGCUCUUCAUCAGAUCUCGUGGACCAACCGACGGCCGAGUGCAACGCCUCGCCCCGCAACUCUGCGACGCGUCAACCAGGGGUGCCACCCUCCCUACCCUCCACUUGCGGCCGCGAAAUCCCGUUGCGCCAGGUGCUCGAGGCAAGAUGGCUUCGACCACAACUUCAGGCCAUCUUUCUUUUUCCUCUCUGUUUACUAUUACGUUGCUAUUGGCUGCCGUUCCGAUGGCCUCAGGACACGACCAUGACUCCUCCCGCAUCGAGGAGGGGCAGACCAUCUCCAUGGAUCCCAUUGACGCAAUACUAUGGGUUCAUAUAUUUAUCCAAAUGCUUGCCUGGGGCGUAAUAUUUCCUGUCGGCAUGGUACUUGGUAUCGUGAAGAACCGAUGGCACGUCCCCAUCCAGGUGUUCGGCACCGUUCUCUCCAUCCUGGGCUACGCACUCGGCCACAUGCACGGCGGCCGCGAAUUCCUCCACACCAACGUACACUCCAAGUUCGCCAAACCUUUGAUGCUGAUGCUCUUCUCCCAAGUCAUCAUAGGCAUCUACCUGCGGCUGCACCUGGAGACGGGGUUCAAUGGCAAGGCUCGACGAUAUGUGAAGCUGGGCCACGGAAUUCUCGGCAAGGCGAUGCCCAUUCUCGCCUGGACUCAGAUGUUGUUUGGCGGCAUUACUUCUCUGGGUUUCUGCCAGGGUGACCAUCUAGGACAAUGCUUGGCGCACUUUAUAAUGGGCAGCGCAUUCAUCGCGUACGGCAUCAUCCUCACGCUCCUACUCAUCAUCGGCCAGAUCUGGUUGAAGCGCACCGGCCGGUCGCAGGAGUUCUUCGACAGUGCCGUCAUUGCGGCCUGGGGUUGCGUCAACACCUUUACCGAGCACCGCUGGGGUACGGCCUGGGUCCGGAACGACUGGCAGCACACGACCAUGGGUAUUGUUUGGUGGUGUGCCGGCUUGGCCGGCGUUUGGCUGAGCAAGGAUCGUGAUGGUCGACCGCAGCGCAACUUCAUCCCCGGAUUUGUACUCUUGAUUACCGGCUGGGCCAUGAGCUCGCAUCCCCAGGAAUUGAUGAUCAGCGCCAUGACGCACAAGAUGUUUGGGUACACGCUCAUGUCCGCCGGUGUCACACGUAUGAUUGAGGUAUCCUUUGUGGUCAAGGACCGCAACGGCAUGUCGGAGGAUGGACGUCAGACGUCGAGCUUCCAAUACAUCCCUGUUUUCCUACUCUAUGCCUCCGGCUUCCUAUUCAUGGGUGCCACCGAAGAGCAAAUGGACCUCGUCGCCAACUCGGGCAUCGACCACGUCGCCUACGUCUUGAUUCUCUACUCGCUCGCCUUCAUCGUCUUCCUCUUCACUAUGAUGCUCAUUAAUUUGUAUGACCGCAACGCAAACCCGCUGGAGCCGACAAAGGAUGUGGUCAAUGGCCGUCUUGGUCCGAGAUUAAAUGGCACUGUGCCAGUGAGAGACGCACAGGAAUUUGAGCUUGAGGGCUUGAUGAGCGAGGAUGAUGAGGACGACCGCAGGAGGAGAUUGCGGGAGGAGGAGGCGGGGUUGGAUAGCCCUUCGACGGUGGGAAAGAAUAGUGACAAUAUGGCAUGAAGAGAAUGCAUUGGUGACACAUAGAUGGAAUGCGAAUUAUUUCUUUGGUCUACUCUGCUGCAUAUAUCGGUGUUUGGGCUUGGACUGGAUGGGAAGUUUUAUAAUCAUACAUAAGUCUGUUGAUGAUGUUGAUACCGAGGUCUUUCAUCUUUUGUGGAGUAUGUAGUGAUACCCCACUUUCGUUGUUUUCAAACUACACUGUUUGCUGGAGAGAUGUAACUCUUCUCUUUGCUAAUACAGCAUGCUAAAUCGUUCGAGUAGUCUCGGUUCGCAUGGUUAGUCCACGUGAGUGUGAUCAUGCAUUUAGAGACGAUUUGAUGAUGCGUGGCCUGGCC